UCAAAGAACUGCAAAAAUCAUUUUACGGAAUUUGAUUCUCGGAGAGGAAGAAAGAAAUACGCUACUAAUUAUACACCGAGCUUGUUAAGAAAGGGUUCAUAUUUUAUCUUCUGUGAUUCUUCUGUCUCAUUUAGUCUUACAAGGAUUUAACGGCUGUAUUGAAGGAGUAUUUCCGAUUAAUUUUUAAAAGAUUUGCUUUAAGUGGUAAAAAAAAAAAUCACUCAAAAAUGAAGGAAAAUUCUGAUGCAUACCACAUUAAAACAACAUAGGAACAUUGAUUAGAUCUCCCAAGAUUAUAUGUUAUUUUCACAAAUACCUGUCGGAAUAUGAACUUUACAAAUGAUCUAGCUUUAAGCAGUGCAAGCAGUAUGAUCGAUUUUAGAAACCUUUCCUCUUGGAAUAAUAGCCUAGAGGAGAUGACCACUUAUUUUCAAAAUGGAAGUUUAAACAAUCGACCACCUGUGAGGAAAUGGUCCCCUCCGCCAUUGACUAUCACGGGUUAUAUUGUUAUUCCGUUGUACAUUUUGAUAUUUUGUGUCGCCGUGGUUGGAAAUGUUCUUGUCAUUUUAACCUUGAUUCAGAACAAACGAAUGCGAACAGUGACCAAUGUCCUCCUUCUGAAUUUGGCCAUCAGUGAUUUACUGUUGGCGGUGUUUUGCAUGCCAUUCUCCGUUAUACCCAUGCUUUUGCAAAACUUCAUUUUUGGCGAACCAGUUUGCUUAAUGAUCGGGUAUUUACAAGGGGUUUCUAUUGCAGUGAGCUGCUUUACGUUAGUGGCCUUGUCAUUGGAGCGCUAUUUCGCCAUUUGUAGACCUCUUAAGUCGCGAUCAUGGCAGACUCUCUCACACUCCUACAAAACAAUCAUUGUAUGUUGGAUAUUAGCUUUAGCAGUCAUAAUGCCAGUCCCUAUUCACAUAAAGUAUAGAAAGUACCCUCGAUAUGGUGCAGCAACUUGCCGGGAAGAAUGGCCCGAUGACGACCAGGAGAUAGCAUAUAGCAUUAUACUGCCAAUCCUGUUGUUGGCGAUUCCUUUGAUUAUCAUGAGCCUUGCCUAUGGAAUGAUCAGCAUUACACUAUGGUCAGGAAUAAAACUUGAUGAAAAGAGUGAAAAAGAAGCCAGGAAUGGAGGGGCCAAAACAGCUGAUGAGGAGACAUCUUCUUUUCUGCGAACGGACGAUACUUCAUCAUCAAAUGGUACCCCUAUAUUUGCCACUAAGAUAUUUAAAACUCGUGACACUUUGCGUCCCAAUGGGAAAUCGUGUCGAAUAAAUUUGCGUGGUGGUAUUCGACAGACAAACGGGGAUAAAAGUAGGGCAUCGAAGAAACGGGUCAUUAAGAUGUUAUUUGCACUAGUCUUUGAGUUUUUUCUAUGUUUAACACCAUUUUACAUUAUCCAUACGUGGAUCAUAGUUCAUCGACCUAGUGCCACGAAACACCUUUCUAAAGAAUUUGUAAUGUUCAUAAAUCUACUGGCAUAUGUGUCAACGUGUUGCAAUCCUGUGACAUAUUGUUUUAUGAACAGAAAUUUCAGGCAGGGAUUCGUGUCUGUUUUUCGAUGUAUUUACAAGAAGCGAAUGAAAAGCGAAACGUCAUUUUACGUUAAUGGUGGAUCGAGUAUGUCAAGAACACAUAUGAGUCGGAUUCCAUCUUAUGACAAAAUGCAACAGGAAAUGGGCGACAUGUAAAACUUUAUUACAAAAAAAGAGUGAUAGAAGAACAGUCAAUAUGGAUAAAAGACAACAAAUGAAUACUUUGACUGUGUGUCACUUGAGCUGACAUAGAUAAAUUCUGUUCUGAAACCAUUGACAAGCAUUUAUUAUUGAACUGGUAUGAUUUAAUUAAAACCAUCAGCAUCACUGUUAUACACAUAUAUGUACAUGUAUAAUUUUAUGUGAUUUGUUUCUUCUGUGACAUUCAUGUAUGACGCAAAUUUCGUUCGACUCACUUUACAUCCAGUGAUUGGGUCCAUCUUGAGCAAAGACGACACUUUUUUAAUUUAUAUUGAACAUACAUUUGUUCUUUCAAGAUUGUAUUAAAAACCAUGUUCAGAUAAUCUACAGACAUACAAGUUGAUGUUAGCGGAAUUUCAACAAAUUCAUUUAAAGUCGGCAUCUUGUUAAUUCUAUAGUCGUUAUAACCUUGUUAUAAAAUAUAACUUAUAAUCAU